ACUCCUGGUGUUCUUCUAGUGUGGGCUAUUAGAACAUUUUAUUCUAUCCUAAGGAGGAAUGAGUGACAGACCUGAUACAAGAGUCCGAGGCAAGUGUGGUCCUCUGUGCAAGUGUGAAUCCAUCAUGGUGGCAUGCAAAGGAGUCUGGACACAACCGUUUUGGAAAGCAGUCGUUGGGGAGUUUCUGGCUAUGUUCAUAUUUGUCCUUUUGAGUCUUGGAUCAACUAUUAACUGGAGUCCAAAGGAAAAUCGUCAACCAGCAGACCUGGUCCUUAUAUCACUUUGCUUUGGACUUAGCAUUGCGACCCUAGUUCAAUGUUUUGGACAUAUUAGUGGAGGUCACAUUAAUCCAGCAGUUACUCUUGCAAUGGUGUGCAUGAGGAAGAUCAGCAUCGCAAAGUCAGCUUUUUACAUUGUUGCACAGUGUUUGGGAUCUAUUGCAGGAGCAGGAAUUCUCUACGUUGUUACCCCAUCAGAAGUUGCUGGCAAUUUGGGCAUUACCAAAGUGAAUGAGAUGAUUUCCCCUGGUCAUGGACUCCUUGUUGAACUCGUAAUAACCUUCCAACUGCUCUUUACAAUCUGUGCAAGCUGUGAUGGAAAGCGCAAUGAUAUCACCGGGGCUGUAGCAUUAGCCAUUGGAUUUUCUGUGGCCAUAGGGCAUUUAUUUGCUCUCAAUUAUACAGGAGCCAGCAUGAAUCCAGCUAGAUCUUUUGGACCAGCUGUCAUUAUGAACAUAUGGGAACACCAUUGGGUGUACUGGGUCGGUCCAGUGGCAGGAGCAGUCCUGGCAGGUGCUCUCUAUGAAUAUGUGUUCUGUCCAGAUGUUGAACUCAAGAAUCGCUUAAAGGAGGUCUUAAAUAAGGCAACCCAAUCAUCCAAAGGGAAAUACAGUGAAGUAGAAGAAAGCAAAAGUCAGAUAGGAUCAGAUGAACUAUUCCUAAAACCUGGGAUUGUCCAUGUUUUAGAAGAAAAAAAAGUUAAGGAUACCUCUGGUGAGGUGUUAUCUUCUGUAUGACUAGAACCAGAAGCCAGAGAAAAGCCUUUACCAUCAACAUUUUUUUCAAUCAAGGAAACCGAUAUAUUAUAAAGCAACUGUAUUAACAAAAAUACCUAUAUCAUUCAGUACAAAGUACAACACAGCUUAAAUCUACCACAGUGUAAAAACUACUACUAUAUAAGACACGCACGUAAUCUUUGGAUGCUGUCCUCUUGGCAAAUCUGCGGUAAAUAAGAGUGAUCCUUAAUUUAACAAGAAGUCAAUAUUGAGCCUCCAAUCUGCCCGUUUAGCAUCUAGAUUGACAGUGCACAUUAGUUUCAAGUACCCACUGGCAAAUUCAAACAAAUGGUUUUUCCUCUGGCAUAUAAUUGGUUGUUGUCACCGCUGAUUAAGAGAUCCCCUAUUUAAUCACUAUCUGUAGAGAAGCAAAUGCGCAACAAAGCUAACUCCUAAGAUGAAAUAUAAUUAUUACAAUCUUUUUUGUAUUUUGAAAAACUAUAUAUCUUUUUUUCACACUUUAUGUUUAUUAUAGUAAACUUCUGAGAAAGUACUUUACCGAUGAAGAAGCAGUUUGCGAAAACAUCAAAUGGCUUGAGGAAGAAAAAAAUCUUUAAGCACCAUUCUUUUCCUGUCCAUGUCUUUUUUCCUUUGUUUGAUUUGUUGAAUGACUAGUAAUUUAUCAGGACCAUACGAAAAUAAAAGGUCUGAAACGCACUCUAAAAAUAGACAAAGGCCUUACUAUUAGUUUGAGAAAUGCACUUUUAUUGUAUGAUGUAGAGAAAGCAUAUUACUUUAGUCUUUAAUUAUUCAAGUGUUUGGUAGAAUACGUUUAGGUAAAGUUGCCUCUCCAUACCAGUUUAAUACCAUCAAACCUAACACAGUUACCUUGUACAGUAUUUUAAUAUGAAGCCUCAUAACUGCUCAGCUGUUUCAAGCACCCAUGCACAUACUGAAACAUAUAAAAUAUAUAAUUUGAUCCCCCCCAAAAAAACUAAAUUUUUACUCAAUUAUGUUCCAUUCUCUAUUAAAAUAUAUCUUGCUUGAACAGUUACGAUAUAUCUAAUGUUAAUCUGUUUUUCCUUAGUGCUAACAGCAGCAAAAUAAUAGGAUAAUUCUGCUCAUGUGAACUGGUAGGACAGAUGGAAUUGAAUGAGUAACUAAUAAAACAAUGUGCACUCUCUACUAUAAAGGUGGCAAGCAUCCUACCCCAGUCUGUAUUUAUAAAGAUAGAUAAAAAUAAUAAUACGAGGGAUACUUGUGCAGCUUCCAUUACAUCCUAUCAGCAGUACAAUGGAGAUAUAUCAAGAGGUAACCCCAGAGGGAGGGUCCUCUUGAGUACCAUAACUCAGAACUGACCAACCAAAGGCAGUCCUUUCUGAAUUCGAGAAAUUCAACCUAUAAUGAUUGAUAAAGGAGAAGUGGGAGCUCCAUGAGACUGCACAACAAAUUUAGUUCAGAUAAAUCAAACUUUUCACUGCCCAGAAAGUAGCUACUGCAUGGGAGGAAUGGCUCUAGCAAAGGUAGGAGGAUCCAGAUUUUGAUAUAAAAAGGCUACUCUGAUUGCCUCUUUCAUCCAUCUACCUAUAACUGGUUUACCUGGCCUUCAGGCCUUUUUUAGGAGCAGAAAAAAUAAAUAAAGAUAUUCUCAUCAUUCUUGGAGGAACAGGACCUAUGAAGAUACAUUUUUAAACAUCUAGGGAUGUCCAGAGAGUGUAAUUUCUUCUUCCAGAGAAUAAUCCAGAAAACACACUAGGAGAGACAUGACCUGGUUUAUAUUCUCAAUGUAAGGAAUCUUAGAAAAGAAGGUAGUUACUGUAAGUAUCUUAAUUAGAUCUAUCUGCGAGGUAGGUCAUAUGUGGUUCAAAGGCCGAGAAGGCCUGAAGCUCCAUAAUCCUCUUAGCUGAUGUAGCCAGAAAAAUGCAACCUAGCAAGAUAGAAAAUUUAUAUUCCCUCCUCCAACAGCUGAAAUGGGUAAACGCGCAGGACCCUAAGGACCACUAAGAAAUCCCACUGUGGGAACUGAGUGUAAAGCCACCGAUUUCACACUUGAGGCCCCUUCCUAUUAAAAAUAAAAGUAAAGUAAAGGUGGACCAUCUGUUUCUGCCCAUUAUGACAGAAAAAAAACACACUGUGGUGGGGUGUUAGCAGCCUUUAUAGUGUAGGGCAGCUGUUUUUUUGUAAUGUAUCUAUCCAUAAAAUCUGAAAUAUUCCAGUUUUCACACUACCAACUGGAGAACACGCAAUAUGCUGACAGAUCCUAUUCUCUGCAGCUUACCACUCACCUUUGCUGUGUAGGUUGAGACAGACCCAGACAGAGAGCAGAAAAUUGAAUAACAGAUAAAGGCUCUAUUUUAACUUUGGAGGCUUAUAUUAGAUAGUAUAGCAACCUUAUACACACAGAUAAGGUUCUAUAUACAGUAGCUAUAACCCUCUUUGGUUACUUGGGCAAAAGGCAAGCACAAUGUAUACUCAUAGAGCAGGGAUCAGCACUCCAGCUGUGGUGAAACUACAACUCCCAGCAUGCACACUUGAUUGGCUGUUCUCAGAACUUCAAUAGAAGAGAAUGGAGAAUUCCGGGAGUUGUAGUUUCACAACAGCUAGAGUGCCAGAGGUUGCUGACCCCUGUCAUAGAGUAUAUAAAGUCAUUGUAUUCAUGUCGAUUUUAGCUUACUUUUCCAAUACUUCAUAAAAAUGAUAUUUAAUUUACAAGACAUAACCAGUUUUCUCCAUAUGUCAGUGUGUAGACUGUGAAAGGGAUCCAGACUCCAAACUAUCAUGACUCUGCAGGUAGUUUUCUGAAACGCAACAAAAUCAGAUGCCGUCCUGGUUAGGAUUAUGUGGAAUGGAGUGACCGUUUAAGAUAACUAUUUUACAAAAUCGUAUAUAUGUGAACUGUGAUGAAUUACCAAAUGUGGAGAACAUCAGAAAUGUCACUUAUUAGCUAAAACAAUCUUACAAUUCUCUUUUUCUAGAUAUUGUACAGUAAUCACCCACUUACAGUAUAUGUAUAUUAUCUAAUAAACUUACAAUUUAUUAACGCCGCA